GCGCUGACGCUCAGCUGGGGUUUCUCCCCAGCCCGCCGCGCCCCGCGCACCCACCCCCCAACCGCAGCUUGACGCGGUCCCCUCUGCAAAGCGCCCCCGUGAUCCGGGAGCGACGCCCAGGGCGGCAGGUGCAAAAGCGACCGAGCCGGGGAGGCCAGACUUCCUCGGCCAAGACCGCAGGGGUUCGGGCCGGGCGGCGGCGGCCGGGGGUGGGGGCGCAUCCCUCGCCGCCCGCGGUCGCCCAACCCGCCGGGACGCUGGUGCGCGGUCCAGAUCCCGGGGGAUUCCGCGCUCCCAGGCCGCGCGGCCCGGGCAUCGGGAUUGGCCCGCAGCUUCCCCCGGGAGCCGCUGAUGCAAAGCCAGGCUGGGGCGGCCGGGCCCGGCCAGCGCCCUCUAGGCAGCGGAAGUGGAGCUUGCUUUACAUCCGUCCUCCCCGCCUGGCGGAGUUGGGAGAAGGAAGGCUGGGGGGGUGUGGAAAAAUAAAAGGAAAAGUGCUUGCACCAUGUAGAUCAGCGCCCCCCACCCUGGCACCCCGGCCGGCCGGGGACCUCCCAGUCUGCGGCCAUGAACGCGACCAGCGAGGGCGAGAGCUUCCCGGGCUCGGUGCAAAUUCCAGGUGGCACAACGGUGCUGGUGGAACUUACUCCGGACAUCCACAUCUGCGGCAUCUGCAAGCAGCAGUUUAACAACCUGGAUGCCUUUGUGGCUCAUAAGCAGAGCGGCUGCCCGCUGACUGGCUCGUCCGGGGCCGCCCCCAGCACGGUCCAGUUUGUGUCUGAAGAAACCGUGCCUGCCACCCAGACUCAGGCCACCACCAGGACCAUCACCUCCGAGACCCAGACGAUCACAGUUUCAGCUCCAGAAUUUGUGUUUGAACAUGGCUAUCAAACUUAUCUGCCCACGGAAAGCAAUGAAAACCAGACAGCCACUGUCAUCUCUCUCCCUGCCAAGUCACGUGCCAAAAAGCCCACAGCCCCGCCUGCUCAGAAAAGGCUUAACUGUUGCUAUCCAGGUUGCCAGUUCAAGACCGCCUACGGCAUGAAGGACAUGGAACGUCAUUUAAAAAUUCACACUGGAGACAAGCCCCACAAGUGUGAAGUCUGCGGCAAGUGCUUUAGCCGGAAGGAUAAGCUGAAGACCCACAUGCGUUGCCACACGGGCGUGAAGCCCUACAAGUGUAAGACGUGCGACUACGCUGCAGCCGACAGCAGCAGCCUCAACAAGCACCUGCGAAUACACUCGGACGAGCGGCCCUUCAAAUGCCAGAUCUGCCCCUACGCCAGCCGCAACUCCAGCCAGCUCACCGUGCACCUGCGGUCCCACACAGCUUCAGAAUUAGAUAAUGACCCCAAACCAACUUGUCCCGCCGUGGAUGGCGGUGAUGCUCAGAAAAUCCCUGCCAUGGCCCUUGCCCCAGAGUCGAAGGACCAAACCGUGAUGCUUGGAGAAAGGACCUUCAACUGUUGCUAUCCAGGUUGCCACUUCAAAACUGUUCAUGGCAUGAAAGAUCUGGACCGCCAUCUGAGAAUCCACACAGGAGACAAACCACACAAGUGUGAGUUCUGUGACAAGUGCUUCAGCCGGAAGGACAACCUGACCAUGCACAUGCGUUGCCACACCAGCGUGAAGCCCCACAAGUGUCACCUGUGUGACUACGCCGCCGUGGACAGCAGCAGCCUCAAGAAGCACCUGCGGAUACACUCGGACGAGCGGCCGUACAAAUGCCAGCUCUGCCCCUACGCCAGCCGCAACUCCAGCCAGCUCACCGUGCACCUGCGGUCCCACACAGGGGACACCCCCUUCCAGUGCUGGCUCUGUAGCGCCAAGUUCAAAAUCAGCUCGGACUUGAAAAGGCACAUGAUCGUGCACUCGGGGGAGAAGCCUUUCAAGUGCGAGUUCUGUGACGUCCGCUGCACCAUGAAAGCCAACCUCAAGUCGCACAUCCGCAUCAAGCACACGUUCAAGUGCCUGCACUGCUCCUUCCAGGGCCGGGACCGGGCCGACCUCCUGGAGCACAGCCGGCUGCACCAGGCCGACCACCCCGAGAAGUGUCCCGAGUGCAGCUACUCGUGCUCCAGCGCGGCCGCCCUGCGCGUGCACAGCAGGGUGCAUUGCAAAGACCGCCCGUUCAAGUGUGACUUCUGCAGCUUUGACACGAAGCGGCCCAGCAGCCUGGCCAAGCACAUUGACAAGGUGCACAGGGACGAGACCAAAACGGAGAACCGGGCCCCGCAGGGCAAGGAGGGGCCCCGAGGGAGCAGCUCCCAGCACGUGGCCAAGAUAGUGACCCAGAGGGCCUUCCGCUGUGAGACCUGCGGCGCCUCCUUCGUCAGGGAUGACUCUCUGAGAUGCCAUAAGAAGCAGCACAACGACCAGAGUGAGAACAAGAACUCGGACUUGGUCACCUUCCCGCCCGAAAGCAGUGCCUCGGGGCAGCUCGGCCCCCUGGUCUCCACGGGGCAGCUUGAGACGCCCCUGGAGCCCAGCCAGUGCCUCUAGUUCAGCCAAAGAGGGUGGUCAGCUGUCUGGAUUCCAGGCAAAUGCCCUCCGAGUUGAGGCCGUCAAGCCAGACUUGAGCUGCCAGCUCCGGGGACAGCUGCCCCAACUUUCCAGGCCCUCGAGGCAGUGGCCGCAGUCGCUGGCAUGAGAACCAACGCCAAAGCACCAGUGUGGAGACUGCCCUCCACGUUGCCGUCUAACCUCCGAGCGUCGUCUAAGCAAGCGGACCCAGGCGUCCUGAGGUGGUGGGGGGGGGGGGGGUGGCGUCCAUCACGCACGGCUCUAUCCAGUAGGGAUGGUUUCGUGAUGGUUUCUGAUCCUAAAACGAAUCCAUCUCUGAUGGGAUUAUUAAACUACUUAGACGACAUGGAAAACCAAACUGAUGCAAACAGUGGGGAAGGUUAAGAGGACAGCGGGGUAUGUGGGGGGCCUGGGGCGGCUGGAAAAGUUCUGUUUCUUAACCUGGGUGGCGGUGAUGAGUGUUCGCCUUAUGCGCUCGUGUGGUCCCUUUUAGCGUUGUCUUCUAAUAAACAGGCAGACUCCUCUGUGGGAUGACGUAAGAGGGACGGUCCAUUUUUGUCUUUACGCCCUUGCAGUAGAGUGGUUAUGGCAUGGGGUGCCCCUGCCCCAGCCCCAGCCCGUUGGGUAACGCAUUCUGAAUGCACACGGGCUUUCUCCAGGUCUCUGCUUCAGGGAAGUGCAAUGCAGUUGGAUCUGUAGGUGGCACCAAAGAUCAAGCUAACACUCCCUGCGCCUGCCAUACGCAUUGCGAAACUCCGCUUCCGUGCUUCGUGAAGAAAAGACUAGGGGCCCAGUGGGGCCCCAGCUUGGUUCUGGGACACGUGACGCAUGAGAUGGCCGGAGCUUAGAGUCUCCUCCCAGUAAGCACUUGGUAUUUGCUGCGCCAACAAGUGGAAACCCCACCCUCUUGUAGAUGGACAUUUUGCUUGGUUGAAACUUCGGAGGGCUCUGGAAGGCCAGUGGAUAUGUAAUUGAUCCAAAGCUGUUUUGUUCUUUGACACCUUUCCUCACAUCCGGUCUUUGUGCCCUCAUCAAGUUAGACGUCUGUGCUUUUAAAACCAAUUAAGUCGAUCCAUUGUUUUUGGUAAACUAGGAAAAAAGGACGUGAAAAUUUUUAUAGAUUGUUUACAGGGGAAUAAAUGGUUUACUUACGAAAUAGCAA